AUGCCCGAUAAAUCCAAGUUUUUCGACCCAGCCUCAGCGCCAUACUACGACCCAGUGGUCGAUAGGAAAGUCGCCUUGAUCACUGGUGGAAACACUGGGAUUGGAUGGUAUACUGUUUUGCAUUUAUAUUUGCAUGGAUAUAUCGUGUACUUGGCUGGUAGAACCGAACUGAAAGUUUUGCAAGCAUUUGAAGAUAUCAAAAAGGAAGCCGAAACAAGAAUCAACAAGACGGGCGAGAAACACCCUCUUGGUCAGUUGCAUUAUAUCCGCAUUGAUUUGUUAGACUUGUCGACUGUCCCCAAGGCCGUGGAGCAAUUCUUGAGCCAGGAAAAGAAAUUGGACGUCUUGAUCAACAACGCGGGCAUCAUGGGUGUGCCCCACGAGAUCACCAAGGACGGGUACGAAUUGCAAUACCAAGUGAAUUUUGUUGCCCAUUUCUUACUCACUUUACAAUUGAUUCCAACUUUGCUCAAGGAUGCCGAAACCAGCAAAGAGCCACCUAGAAUCGUUGUAUUAUCGUCAAUCGGACACAAUUUCAGUUAUAAACAUUUCAAGCCCGAGCAACAUAAACUAAACACCUUCCCCAAUGCAGUUUUCACUUGGGUGCGCUAUGGUAUUGCCAAGACUGCCGAGAUCCAAUUCGUUAAGGAACUCAGUAUCAAGUAUCCGCAGAUAUUAUCCAUCGCCGUCCACCCAGGUAUCAUCUUGGGCACCGAGUUGUACAACCACUGGAGACAAAUACCCGUGAUCAAGUACCCGGCCAAUGCCUUUUUCAGCUUAAGUGACAAGUGCAUCGGCGUCUCCAACGAAGAAGGAUCAUUGGCCUCUUUGAGAGCGGCCAUGGAUCCCAGUUUGACUCCAGAAAAGGAUAAUGGCGAGUACAUUGCCACUGGUGGUGUUGUUGACAAACCAAGCAAAGUUGCUGCAAAUCGCAAAUACGCUGAAGAGACUUGGAAUUGGAACAUUGAAGAGUUGAAGAAAAGAGGCUUUGAAGUGUGA